AUGACAAUAAAUAAUCCGAAAAAAUCUUUAACAUGUUGGCCAAAUUUAAUUCUUCUUCUUGAUACAACUAAGGAUUUAAAAGAAGAAAAUCAUCGAAAACAAAGUGCAAAUUGUAAUUAUAUUCAAAAGAAUCCAUGGGUGCAUUUAAUGAUGUCGAAACGAUUGGAUGCUGCUAUUGAUGAAUUUUGUUGUUUAUGUCUUCGUGAUUAUAUUUAUCCAUGGUUAUCAACAAUUACUCAUGAUGAUAGUUUUGUUUAUGAAGUCAAAUAUCUCUUUCGAUAUCUUUUAGCAUCAAUUAUUCGUCAUUUACAUAAAGUUGAUAUCAAUGCUUUUAUUACCGAACGUUUUCUUCCAUUAAUAUUGCAAACAUAUGAUCGUUAUAUUCAUACAAAGGAAAAAAUAUCUGUAAAUAAUUCCAUAGAUUUUCUACGAACAAUGUAUAAAGAUGAUCUUCAUAUAGCAAUGUAUAAUCGCGAAGAAGAAUUAAAAUAUCUUAAAAAACUUGUAUCUAAUGUAAUGCCAAUAAUAACACCAGAAUUUAUAUCGAAAUGUCCAGGAACACAUCAUCUUCUAUGUGAAAUAUUUGUUUCUCAAAUAUUACUUGAUUCAAUCGAUGCACUAUGUCAACCAAAUAUAAUGAAUCGUCUAUUUCAUCUUUAUUUUACAACUGCUAUUGAACGUCGUCAAUUAAAUAAUAUAACAGAUUCAGAUGAACAAUCGAAAUCUUAUGUAGAAAUUCUAUCACAUUUUUGUGCAAUGAAUGGAAUAUUACAUAAAAAACAAUUAACUUUAGAAUUAACUGAUGUUAUGUAUGAAAAAGAAUUAACGAAUCAAUUGAGUCGUGUACUUGAUCAUCAUGGUUCACUGGGUUUAUUAAGUAUUUAUAUAACAUUAUCAGAUCUUUUAAAUGAUAUUCCAUUAGCAUCAGAUAUAUUAGUUAGAAAAAAACUUUAUCAACGUUUAAAACAUAUUGAUGAACGUUAUUUAAAUCCAAUACAUUCAAAUACAUAUGUUAUCAUUAGUAAUUUCUAUGAUAAAGAAGAUACAUUAAUUGAUGAUGUAAAGAAUUUAAUUAAUUAUGAUUUAGCAGAAAGUAUUAAUGAUGAUAUAAAUAAGAAAACUUUUAACGUUCAACAAGCAUUUACAUUAUUAUCAAGAUUUCAUUGUAAAGUUUAUGAAUUAAUUGAAGAAAAAUAUCAACGAGAAUUUUUAGCAAGUGAUGAACAUUUUCUGUAUAUAUGUGGUCCAAGAAUGGAUUCACGUGAUUAUCGAUCUAUGGACAAAAAAAAUGCAAUUGAAAAUGCAAAUAAACGUAAUAUAUCAAAACAUUAUACAACAACUUCAUAUCAAGAAAUGGAAGAAAAAGAUGAUUCACAUUUAAAAUAUCCAGAAGAUUCAGCAAGUAUUUGCAGUACUAGUUCAUUAGAUGAAAGAGAUCUAAGUACAUGGCGCGUUCAUAUUGAUCAUGCUGAAGAAUUACGUGAAAAUAUACACUCAAAUUUAAAAUAUUGCGUAUUAAUUCUUGAAGUUCAACGAUGUGAAUUAAAUAAUGAUAAUCCAUUGAUUAAUAAUGAAGAAAAACCUCAUUGGAUAGUCGCAAGACGUUAUCAAGAUUUUUAUUUAUUAGAACAAAAAUUAACUGAAUUUCAUGGAAUUUUUUAUGAUGCUCGUUUACCAGCAAGACGAUCGGCAACAACAGCAAGAAGUCUCGACUUUCUUGAAUCAAUUAAAGCUGAUUUUGAACAUUUUUUACAACAUUUAUUAUCUAAACCAACAUUACGAAAUAGUGAAUUAUUAUAUAAUUUUCUUACACAACCAGAUGAUUUUGCUUUACCUACUGGAGAAAUUAUUUUAACUAAAGUAUUUAAAGUUGUACCACGUCGAUUACGUUUUGAAAAAGGACAAUCUCUCGAACCAUUCCUUCUAUCAUUAUUAAAUUAUAUUGAACCAGCAAAAGCAAAAGCAACUCAACCAAGUCCAAUAUUUAAUGAUAUAAUUAAAGAAAAGCUUGAAAAUUCUAUUUAUGGUAAUAAUGCAGAUAUUACUGACUCUUUUUUUGAACCAAUGACAGAAGAAAGUGUAAAUUCUCAGUAUGAAGAAUAUGAUAGUACUUAUGAUCAUUUGAUUUUUAUUGUAAAAAAAGUGUUUUCUGCAUCAACAUUCUUAAUUCAUCUAUUGAAUUUAUUACGUGUACCAUUGAAGAAUACAGUUGAUACAUUUUUUUCAUAUUUUAUUGAAAAUCGAAUAGAUGAAAUAUUAAGUAAUGAAGAGAAUAUUAUUGCUGUUAUUCAUGCUCUACAAGAUACAAUAUUUGCUGAUGAUGCAAAAGACAAAGGACCGAGUGAUAUGGUGAAUUUCGAAGAUGUAAUUGGAACAGCAGAAGAGUUUGUACCAGGUAUGAUCAAACGUAUUCUUGGCGAAUCAAAUGUACAGAAUGGUUUACAAAUUCUUUUACAACAUUUUCAAGAUCCAUUAUUGAACAAACAAUUAUUUUAUAUGAUUCUCGAUGAAAUUCUUCUACAAGUUUUUCCAGAACUACAAGUUCAUAAUUUUGGUCAACGAAUUCGUAUUUAUGAAUCACAAGCAACCUAUAUGACACGUGCUAUUCUUAAUCUAGAAGUUUAUCUUAUCUAUGAUUCAAUUUAUAGACGAUACGACAUCGCACUUCAAGUAUCUAUAGUAGAAAAAAGAGCUACUGAUACUGAUUAUGAGAUAGAAUUUGGUGAAAAAUCAUUUUCAAUACUUGUCACACGACAUUCAACAGGUGUAAUAUUGUAA